AUCUUCAAUCCAUUAUUGUUUUGUUUUGCUUUCAAAACAAACAAGUGUUUUCAAUUUAAAUGCAAACUGACACAUCCUUCUACAAUCGCUACGUUAUUUACAGAGCCAAUUUUGGAGAGGAGUUCAGUGAUUGAGGGUGAUGUAUUACUGUAUAAACAACGCAAGCAUCGUAAUCGUGCUAUACCUCUGAUGAGUGGACCAACUCGAGUCGCUGAUCGUAUUACCUUCAAAGAAUGGCUCCGAGAGGUCAGCAAACUUAGACGAGGUAUAUUCUGCGUUUUCAUUUGCAUUGAUAUGUUUGUGUAUAUUGAUGAUGUGUUGCAUUGCAAUCAGCUAAUACAAGUAUACACUUGA